AUGAAGAAAUCGUCGAAAGCAACCAAAACGGUGAUGUCCGGUGGCAUGUUUAUGAAUAGCAGCAGUAGUAAUGAAAGCAAUUCAGAUGAUGAAAAAUGUAAUUUACCAACUACUGAUUUAAUUUUUUCGGAAAAUGAAAAAGCCGAUGAAGAACCAGUUGUUGUUAUACGACGAAAUAUUAGUAAACUUAAACGACAGCAAGCAACUACAUCAUUGCAAUCCUCAUUAUCCAUUCGAAAUAUAUCUUCACUCGAUUCCAUAGAUAAUCAUGCUGUUAAUGAUGAUAAUGAUGCAAUCCUAUCUGAUCAAAUGACAAUAAGAAAUUCUCAUAAAACAGUAGAUAAUAAUGAUCAUGACAUAAAUCGAACAAGUUUUAAUGAAUCUGAACGUACAGAUAGUGGUAUUGGACGUGAUAGUGGAUCAAGUUGGAGGCUUAGCAGUUAUAGUGAAUCAUUCCAUUACUAUCAACAACAGCAACAAGUAGACAAACAACUAGAUUCAGAGUCCAAUGAUGAACAUGAACAUGAUGAUGAUGGCGAUGAUGCUACUACGCCAAUCCCACAAAUAAAUGUUAAUAGUCAAUCGUCUGAGGAUUCAUUUGAAAAUUUUCGAUUACAAAAAGCUAGUUGGCUUCAUGUUAAACAUUGGUUAACUGUUCAACGUCAGCAUAAGGUUGAAUUAGCAUCCAAACGUCAAUGGAAACGUUUUUGGACAUGUUUAAAAGGAUCCAAUUUAUAUUUGUAUAAUGAUUAUACAGAUAGUAAAGCGAAAAUUACAAUAAACAUCAUUGAAAGUCUUUGUUGUCCAUUACCCGAACAUCCCAAUCGUCAACACGUAUUUAGUUUAACUACUCAUACUGGUGAUACAUAUUGUUUUCAAUCAUCUGAUCAAGUCGAAUUGAAUCAUUGGAUUAGUAGUAUACAUCAUUUUUGUUCAUUGAAAACAAAUGAGAAAUUAUUAAGAAUAUCCAUAAAAGAAUUAGAAGAAAAUAUUGAACGUGAAAAUAAAAUGCGUAAAUUAGGUGAAUUACAAUUAAAUUCGUCAGCCAGUCAAAAAAUUCGUUUACUCAUAUCAAAACAAAUUGAUCUCUGGGAGAAAAAUUUAGAAGCAUUUCAUGUUGAUCUAUUUCGUAAUAAAUGCUAUCUAUGCGCAUUAACAAAUGAUCGAGAUUUACCGAAUCCAAAAGAUUUACUUUCGCAAGCAUCACCAACCACCAAAGCAGUCUUAAAUAAAUUUGCUGCAUUUACACCGUGUAGUUUUUAUACAGUUAUUGCUGCCCGUCGUCGAAUAGAUCGUCAGGGAUCAAAGUAUAAAUCCUCUAGUGCAGCUAUGAAAGCUCAUCGUCAUCAUCAUCAUCAUCAACAACAACAACAACAACAACAAACAAAAUGUUAUUUAACUACACCAACGAGUUCUAUAGAUUCUAUUCAAUCUCCAACAGUAGCUGAUCAAACUAUUCUACAAAUGGUUACAUGUGAUUCAGGUCCUCAUAUGAGAACCAUUGUAUCAAUUAAUGAAUCAGCAAGUGUUGGAGAAUUAUUAAAGCGUGUAGCCGACAAAUUAGGAUUACAAAUUGAUGAUCAUUUUCUAUAUUUUCAUUCGACAUCAUCUCAUGGAUUCGUGCCAAGUCGAAAUGAAAAACUCAACAAUCUUAUUUAUUCAUCAAUUGAAGCACGUCGGAAAAUUGUGUAUCAAAUAACAUUAAAUAGUCAACUUAAUAUGUCUGGCAUUGAAAUAAUUACGGAAUUAUAUCGAGAAUAUUCAUUACAAGUUAUUGUUUCCAAUGUUAAAAAAGGAAGUGAAAGCGAAAGAUUAGGAGUUAAAGAAGGUGAUGAGAUAGUUAUUGUAAACAAUUCAAUUGUACAAGAUCUUAGUCUUGAUACACUGGAUCAAUAUUUUAGUCAAAUACCAAUUAUGCUAACGAUUCGUUCAUCAAGAUUAAUUGAAUCAAUGAAUGAUCCAAAUCGUAAAUUUGAUUUUUCAAAUGCAAUCAUUCAAAAUUUGAUAUGUCCACCACCGCCACCACGUAUCGAAAGAUUAUCACGACAAGAACUUCGUGAACUUAUUGUUCCAAAACCGGACUCCGAUGGUUCGAAUGGAUUGAUAUCAUCUAUUAACAAUGAUUCAAAAGAAAAUGAGCAAACAUCAUCAUCAGCAGCACUCGAACGUUUAUUAAAGAAUGUUGAUGAAAUAAGCCGAUAUUGUCGACCGACGACUACUAUAUUAAAUACGAAUACAGAACAAAUGAAUACAAUACAUCCAACGCCACGUAUCAAAGCUCUGUCAAGUGCUCAACGAUUGCGAAAAGUUAUUUUUGAAUUAGUUGAAACAGAAAAAUCUUAUGUGCAAGAUAUGCAACGCUUACUCGAACGAUAUAUUGAACCGUUACGUGAUGAUGCAAAACUUUUACCUAUGGAUGCAAUUGAAUCAUUAUAUGUUAGUGUUAAAUCGAUUCAUCAAUUACAACAAACAUUUCUUAAACGUCUUGAAUCAAAUAUUCCAACUGAAAUCGUUGCUUAUAAUGCUAUUCAUGAAUUUCGUGAUAUUCUUGUAUCAAUAGCUGAUACAUUUCUUUCUUAUGCUCAAUAUUUCAAAUUAUAUUCAACAUUUUGUGCUAUGCAUUUAAGAAUAAAUCGUCUACUUGAUAUUCAUCAAAAUAAUCAACAUUUAAAAGAAUUUCUUGCUGCACGUAAUCCACGUCAUCAACAUUCAUUAUCAUUUGAAUCCUAUUUGAUAAAACCAGUUCAACGUAUACUUAAAUAUCCAUUACUUAUACAACAAAUGUUAACAUUUUCUAAUUCAAACGAAACUAAUUCGAACGAACCCGUAUUAUGUUUUGAAAUAAUAAAAUUGAAACAAGCUAUUAAAAUGAUGAAUGAUAUUGGUGAAUACAUGAAUGGGAUGCAACAACUUUAUGAAGAUUUUGGACAAUCAUUUGAAUAUAUUACUAAAAAUUAUAGCGAAGAACAUAAUAAAAGUUUACAAUUAAAUUUACCUGAUCUCUAUGCUUAUGGAGAACUUGAGUGGAUAAAUAUGCAUUUAUUUCUACUUGGCAAACAUCAUCAACGUUUAAAAGCCUACUGUUUCGUUUUUCGUAAUGGAUGUCUUAUAUUAGUACGUGAACAAUCCAAUAAGAAAAAACCAGAUUUAUUAUCCAUUCAAAAAGGAAAUAAAAUCAUAUCUGAUCGAUUCAUUCGAUUUAUUCCAAUGGAAGAUGUAAAUGUUGAAUUAAUUGAAAAUGAUGAAAGUAAAGAUAAUAAUAUUCCCACAUGGCAAUUAAUUCACACUGAUUCAAAGACUCGUUUGAAAACGUAUUUUCGAUUUGCUAACAAAGAUGCUCAAACAUUUAUUAAGACAAUCAACAAUUGUAUUUCGUCCAUAGCAACAACAGUCGAAUGGCGACAAAAUUUAUAUGAUCGUACAAUAACAAGUAUUCGUAAUUCUGAACCAUCGUAUUUGACAAAAAAGCCUUCUUCACAACGUUUAUCAUCAAGUCGUUCGUGUCAUGUUUUAUUAACAUCCAAUUCAAGGUCACUACCUCGACAGUCUGAUCACAGUCGACGCAGCCCUUCACCUAUUUGGAAACGACGAUCAACACCAAUCCGAAAACAACUAUUAUCAAUGAAUAUUCGACAUAAAAGUAUACGAAAUUCGACUGAUUGUUAA